AUGGAGUCGGAGCUUGUCGCUAGGGGGUUCGAAGUACAGUCACUACGCAUCUCGACAAACUCUUUCGAAGAUUACUUGUCCAUCGAUGACGAUCACAAGUUUGCACAAGAGCUUGAGCUCAUCCGAAACACACUUUCUCGUCAUGGUGCGAAUUUUUUCAACUUUGGGCCUGCCAGAUCAGCGAUAGGUUUGUAUGCUGACGAUCUUGCAUGGAUGGGUAAGGUUGCAGAUUGUUGCUCGACACUGGCCGAUGGAGGAUCAAACAAUUUUCGUUUUUGUGCGUUUGCAAAUGCUCCACACGGCAUUCCUUUUUUUCCUGUUUCAUACCAUAAAAGUGGCUCGCCGCCAUCAUUUUCCAUCGCUCUUGAAAAUGCGGAGCUUGUACGUGAAGUUUUUUCCAAUGAACCGCACGAUGAAGCCACGCGAGUUCAAACGUGCAUGCAAUCGCUCAAACACGAGCUUGAACUGAUCUGUAAGCGCGUGGAGGAAGCAGCGUUGGAGGUUGAGCAAAAGAAUGGCUUCAACUAUCUCGGCAUCGACACCUCGAUCAACCCUGCUCUUUCGCGCGAAGGCAGCGUUGCGUAUGCCUUCGAGAGCCUGCUGAGGAAGGAGUUCCGAUUUGGAGGGGCUGGAACCCUCGGAAUAGCUCGUGCUCUCACUUCAGUGGUGAAAGACAUCCCCGUCAAACGGGUUGGAUACUGCGGGUUAAUGCUUCCCAUUCUUGAGGACCUCGGUCUAGCAGAGAGGACGAAUCAAGGACGGGUUUCGGUGCAAGGGCUGCUGGCAUGGUCUUCUGUCUGCGGGGUAGGGUUGGAUACUGUUCCGGUGGAGGGGAAGAGCAGCACAGAGGAGAUCAGAAACCUUUAUCUGGACAUCGCCUCUAUGGCCCACCGAUUGGGCAAACCUCUGUCAUGCAGAAUUCUUCCGAUGCGAGGGUUGAAGGAAGGAGAGAUUGCGGAGUUUCCGGGGAACCCGUAUCUUUGCUCGUGCGCAGUCCUUCCUAUCAACUAAAUUUCUG